AUGGCCACCUCGCCUCCGAACCCCCCUAAAACCAUGGACUUCUACGACAUCGCCAUGAACCCGCCGGCGGCAGUGAACCCCUGGAAAUCCCGCUUGGCGCUGAACUUCAAGAAGGUCCCCUACAAGACGACCUGGGUCCCCGUCCCCGAAAUCGGCACGGUCCGGCGCGCCCUCGGCGUGCCCGCGUGCCGCAGACUCGCCGACGGCAGCGACUUCUACACGCUGCCCGUCCUGGCGGACCCGAACACCGGCUCUGCGGUCGGGGACUCCUUCGACAUCGCCGCGUACCUGCAGGCGACGUACCCGGACUCGGGCGCGGGCGAUCUGUUCCCUCCCCUCCCCCCUCAGCAGCAGCAGCUCGAAUAUACUUACGACCAGGACCUGCCCACCUGGGCGCCGCCGCUGACGCCGCCGCGGGAAGACGGCAGGCACGCCGAGUACGCGCGGUUCAACAUGCACGUGGACCGGGCGUUCAGCGCGCACGUGGGGCUGAUGGGGUCGUUCCUGGGGCUGGACUCGCAGGCGAGCAGGGACGCGCUGCUGCGGCGCGCGGGCGCGAAGUCCUGGGACGACUUGGAGGUCAAGGGUGAGGCGCGGGAGAAGAUGGUAGAAUCGCUCCGCGGCACGCUGGGGGGCCUCGCGAGGCUGUUUGAAACGGACUCGACGGGACCGUUUAUCCUAGGCCAGAAGGCGAGCUAUGCGGACUUGGUUGUCGGCGGUUGGGUGUGCAUGAUGCGCGGGACUCUGCCCGAGGAGGAGUGGCGCGAGGUGGUUAGUUGGCAUGGGGGCACCUUUGGACGCUUGUUUGACGCGUUGCAGCAGUUUGCGGAAGUGAAGUAG